CUCCUCGCCCGCCUCGUCCCCUUCCCUUCUUCUCUACCUCUGAUCGCUUUCGUCUCCAUUAGAACACUCUCUCAAAGUGGUCGAUUACUCUCGCCAACUCCUGCCCGAGUUUAACCUUUUUUCUCUGUUAUCUUCCUCUCUCAAGUUCUCACCACCUUCUCCUGGUCUCGGAAGCUGCGGGACAUAAUUCGUAUCAGGCGGUCAGUACUGGAACCCUAUUCGGAGCUGGUACUGGAACCCUUUUCUGUACUCGGACUGUGGUAUUUCCCAUUGGAAAAAAGUGCCUAAACGUACUUAAAGAUCCUGACAUUUGGAUAGAACCUGGAGCAUGCAACCUGUGUCCUCCUCCUUAUACUGUGAUUGCACUUAAACAAUUACAGUAUCAACAGUUCAUGUUGCAUCUGAGAAAGUUGUCUUAGAUCCAAAGGCUACUUCCAACAUAACUUCAAUCUGAGAAGGAUACAGUCGAAGACAACAAUUUCCAACAAGACCAAAUGAGUUCUAUUGAUGAUUGUCUUUUCUCCUCAGACAGCAAUAAAACGUCAGAUUUUCAUAACAUAAUUUCAAAUCUUGCUGAUGAGCAAGGUAAGAAGUGUCGCAUUGACAACAUUUCACACAUUGCUGUAUUACAAGAUUCUAGUAAUACAAAUCAUGACCAUCCUGUGGAAUUAGAGAAGAAGCUUAUAGGAUGCAACUCCAGAUCAUCAGAAUCUUUGCUGGAGAAAAAUGAUCCAAAGGAGGUUCAGAAACAAUCUACUGAUGACUAUAAUAAUAGUGGGUCUGAAGACAAUUGGACUAACCCUAUAGGAAAUAGAACACUCAUAUUGAAAAAUAGUAUUGCAUAUUGUUCAGAAGACGAUAAUCCUUGUCACAAUACUGAUGCCUUAGAAGACCCACAUUCAAGUAGUAAUAUAUCUUCAAAAGCCCAAAUUUGUUCAGGUUCACUGAUGAGCGCAUAUCUUUCUCAUGCUCUAGUCAAUGUGAAUGGGGAAAAUAAAAUUGCAGAUGAUGAUGCUUGCAAAGAUGAUGGCGAAAAGACUCCUCAAUUAGUUUCUUUGGGGACUGAAAAUUGCAUCAGUGGGUUUAAGCUGCAAGAGGCAAUAAAGUCAAUGGGUAGUAAAGACCAACCUGACAGACCCAACUCAAACUCUCAGACAUCUAAGGUGCUUUUGCAGCCAUAUUUUGAGGGUGAAGUUAUAGCAGAAACUGAUGAUGAUGUAAAAGUCUGUGAUAUCUGUGGGGAUACAGGUCAGGAAGAGUUCCUUGCUAUCUGUAGUAGGUGUAGUGAUGUGGCUGAGCAUAUUUACUGCAUGCAAAUAAUGUUGGCUGAAGUUCCUGAAGGUGAUUGGUUAUGUGAAGAAUGCCAACUCAAGGAGGCUGCAGCUCAGGUGACUGGAAAAUUUGAAGCACGAGUUGCUCCAACAGAGGCACAACUUUGUUUAAAAGAAAAUUGUGCAAAUAAGGAAGGCAGUGUGGAAAAUAAGACAACUGAUCCAGAUAUGAAAAGAUACAACGAAGAACCAGUAAAAGUCUGUGAUAUCUGUGGGGAUACAGGUCAGGAAGAGUUCCUUGCUAUCUGUAGUAGGUGUAAUGAUGGGGCUGAGCAUACUUACUGCAUGCAAAUAAUGUUGGCUGAAGUUCCUGAAGGUGAUUGGUUAUGUGAAGAAUGCCAACUCAAGGAGGCUGCAGCUCAGGUGACUGGAAAAUUUGAAGCACGAGUUGCUCCAACAGAGGCACAACUUUGUUUAGAAGAAAAUAGUGCAAAUAAGGAAAGCAGUGUGGAAAAUAAGACUGAUCCAGACAUGAGAAGAUACAACAAAGAACCAGUUAAGUCUAUUUCAUCUAAGAGGAAGGAAGAAAAUUCAGAGGUUAAUUCUGUUUAUAAGCAAAAACUCGAUGAAGCAAUUGAUACACCUAGUGGAACAAUUUUUCCUACGAAACCUUCUCAGUUCUCAUGUGAGAACUUCAACAAACAUGAUAGUGUGAAGAUAAAACCAAUCUCCUCCACAAUAUGCAAUAAGUCAGAAGGAAUAUCUCGCACACAAACUUCUUCUGGUCUUGAUUCAUCUGGGAUACAAGCACCUUUGCAACCAACACGUGUUUCAGGCCCUCUCUCAAAGUCAAAUUCAUUUAACAAUUCAAAACUGCCAAAAGUAAAACAGUUGCUGGAUAAUGUUCCUUGGAAGAUGAAACUUAAUAGAGAAUCUAAUUUAACCAACAAAAGAAAUGACAGUCCAUCCCGGGCAAUCUCAAAAUCUGCAACAUUUGGAAGUGAGACUUCAGGCUUCUCCAGUGUUGAGACAUCAAGCAAAGCUCAUGCACUUAGCCUACCACAUUCUGAGGAUCCUAAACAAGUGAAAGGUGGGAGUAUGCUGGAUAAGAAAAAUUCCACAUGUGAUCAACGAUUUGUCAGUCCUGCAGUAUCGAUAAAGGCUGAUUCAAAUGAGCAAAGCUGUAAUUCCAAAGUAAGAAAAUUUUCUGAUUUAAACAAUCUAGAUGGCAAAAGGAGACCAAUUGAUGCAAUUAGUUCCGGUUCAUCAGCUACUGAAGUGAAGAAGACGUUAGCAUCUCUGUCACAAACUUCUGGAACUCAAUCUCUAGUUAGAUUAUGUAAAAAUGAAGAUCAGAAGGGUUUUCAACCUACUCCCAAGGCAACAUAUUUGACACAAAGGGACGUCAAAGCUAAGGGCCAAAUAUCUAUAAACUCUCGACAGCUAGCUUCAGUCCCUAAUUGCUUAUCACAUUGCCAUGAGUGUAAUGAAACAGGUCACAUAGCACAGUUCUGUCCAGUUGACAAACUUCGCAUGAUUGCCACAAAGCCUUCUUCUGAACGAAAUUUGAGGGAUAUGGAUAUCAGAAGUAUUAAGUGGAAAAAUGUAAGUGAGGGACCAGCUUGGAAAUCUGGAACCAAGAGAAAAUCACCCGAUCAAUCUGAGGAAGUUUCUUUAGCCAGUGCUGAUGUAAAUUCUGAAGCAACAACUUUAUAUCCAAGUUCUAAUGACUUGUCUUCUAGGAUAACCAAUGUUCAAAAUUGUAGUAAAGCAGCAAAUACCAUCCAUGUAAAGCUAGUGGAAGAUCAUAAGAAAUUUAUAAAUGUUCCUGGAGAAGGGACAGUUCUUGACUUUCCAGGUGAUGUGCCCACAAAGAUUAUGGCACCAACCUUACUUGGUCAAGCUUCCACUCCUGUUGAUCUAGUGAGAGCUUCGGCAAUACCAGAGAUGGACUACAUCUGGCAAGGUGCUUUUGAGGUGUUGAGGACUGCCAAACCUCCGACAAUUUUUGAUGGUUUUCAGGCUCAUUUGUCGUCCGAUGUCUCACCCAAAGCUCUUGAAGUGGCAGGACAAUUUCCUUGCAAAGUUCAGUUGGAGGAAGUACCUCGCCUAAGCUCAUGGCCUCUGAAGUUCCAUGAGAACAGUCCUGUAGAAGAUAAUAUUGCUAUCUUUUUCUUUGCUAAAAAUAUUGACAGUUAUGAAAAUUACUAUUGGAAGCUGUUGGAUAAUAUACUGAAAAAUGAUCUAGCUCUUGUAGGUGUUAUUGGUGCAAUGCAACUUCUUAUAUUCCCUUCAAAUCUAUUACCAGGGAACUGCCAACGUUGGAACAAUUUAUUUUAUCUUUGGGGUGUAUUUAGAGGAAGUCAGGAAAAUAGCUUGGGAGAUCUGCCUGGUCUUAAUAAGAAGCCUUCUGUUUUUAGUUUGAACAUGGAACCUGCUACCCGAGGGCUGUCUAUGCAAACUCUAUCUGAUGUUUGUAGCACUGUCAACAUAUCUAAUGUCAAGAAUCAGGCUUCAUCAGGGUCUGAUACUUUUCCAAUUGCAAAUGCAUCCAGAUGUAGUACUUGCAGUGAUCUUCAGGAUAUUCCAGCCUCAGGGAAGGAUAAUGAGGUCUCCAACAAUGAGCAAGCUUUUGUAAAGGAUACCAUGCAUCAGGAUAUUCCAGAUGAAGUUCAAAAGAAGCAGAUUUCAUGCUCUUUUCCUGCAGCCUACUCAUCUAGAAACAUGAGCCAACUCAGCACCGUCUGUGUUUCCCGUCUAGAACCAAAAUUUCAGAUAGACAUUGAAAAAUUGCCUCCAGAAGUGGAAGAUGAUAUCUACAGCUUGGAUGAAUUCACCAGUGAUCCAGAUUGCAGAAAAGGCCAUGAACACCUUGUUAAAAGUGGUAGCACACAGGUUGGUAAUCGUGUAGAACCCUCAAAGUUGGUUUCAUUAAACUGUUGGCAAGGUAAUGAUAGAAAUAUUCAAAUGUUGGACCAUUUUAGCUGGGAAUCAAAGCCGAAUCUGAAGUGCACAAAUCCUAGUUCAUUGGAUACAAUAGAAAAUUCUUCCAUUGAUUUGUUACAACCCACGGGUGAUGCAGUCCUGUGGGCAGGUGAGUCAACAUGCACAUCUCUGAGUGACGAAAAAGAGCACAAAAAAAUGAGGCUUGACAAUGGUGGUCAUAUCGAUUGCAGCUCGAGGGAGGAAAUUUCAUCCAGUAUAUUGUUUCCUAAAGUACAAUUCGUGCCAUCUAGUUUACCAAAUAGUAGCCUGUUCUAUGGGGCAAUGUCGGAGAGCUCAAAAAAUGCUGAAAAUUAUUUCUUCCAUGUCAAUCAAGGACCUACAUGCACAAAGGCAGACAACGUAAUAUAUGUUUCAUCAGAUGAUGAUGAUGAUUCGCCUAAAUCUAACAUUCCCGUUCUUGAGCUAGCUUUGGGAGAGAAGAGAAGAAUCGCAAAACAGGAGAUCUCCCCUUUGCAAUCUCAAAAAAUUACAGAAAGGAACAGACAAGAUAAGCUACAUGUUCCUGAUGUGGUUGAUGGAGAUGAUGCACCGACUUUGCUUUCACUCUCGCUAGCUUUUCCUGUAUCAGAGAAGGCACAAACUGCUAAACCAAAUUCAGAAGUAGAGAAUCUUUUGCCUGAUACGGCUUCUACUUGCACUUCUUCCUGGCUUUUUGGUGACUAUACAGACCUAUAAAUCAAUUCAGAAUCACAGUUCAUAUACAGCAUGUAUCUUGUCAUUAGAAAUUGCAGCCUGAAUGCGGUUUCCUCAAGAUGGCCAGCUAUUUUCUUCCUACACUAUAUAUGCUUCAAUUCCUGUUUCUUUUUCUUCCUUCCUUUCUAGUGCAAGGUACAUUGCUCAUGUUUCUAUACAGGAAGGUCGAUGGGGAUCAGGUUGUUUGGCUUUUGCUGAUGUGGUUGAGUAAGUUAUCGUCUGCUUUUUCUUUAUGCAAAUGAAGUCCUUAAUAAUGAGCUGAUGCACUAUAGGUAAAAUCCUUCUCGACGAACUGUUUCAUAAAGCAACAAGACAUCAACAGCUUUGCUAGCAAUGCUUGUGCUAGAUGAAGAAUGGUUAGUCUACACUGGCAUUGUUUUCCACGACCUUCAUGCCAAUUAACAGAUUAGAGGAGCCUGGAGCAUCUGAAACUUCAACGAGGACGUAUUUCUUUUAUAGAUGUGGAUUCUCGGAAAUAACACGAAAUACUUGACAAGGUAAAUCCAGACUAAUGUCCAGCUAGUGCACCUUCAGAUUUGGCUAAUGCAAAUUACUUGUAAUUGGUACGUACCCGAAACACAUACAAGGCUCUGGCAAAUAAGUCGAGAGAUGUAUUUGCUGUCACCGAAAUUGAGUUACAGAGUCUACAUGGUACGCUAGAGGUAUUGAGUUGUGUUGUAUAUGGUUUCUUCAUCUUGUGGAAUUUCUCCCAUGAUAGCCAUUGUCAUAGUUUUACAAGUGAAUGCUCCUGUUUUUCAUUCGGUUUCCAAUGGCUAUUGACCCUAUCCGGAAACGGUAGAGAGUAGACUGCGGGUGAGAUGGCGCUGGUUUUGACAAAGAAGACUCCAUACCACGAAUUCUAGGAGUUGCCUGUGGAUAUCAGCAAAUAAUGGAGCAAAAAAUCAUUAGUAAGCGGGUCAGGGGAGUCCUUGGUGGGGUAGCUACUACGACGAUCAAGUUAGAAGACGACGGUGGUGCAAAAACAGAGGAAAAAUAUGAAGUGCCAGUAGAUGUGUGGAUGUAUGUGUAUUUGUACAGCAGAGGACUUCCUUUUAUAAUGCUCCUUAUCAUCUCCGCAUUUAAGGAGACAUUAUCCUGCCAUCUUGACAACAUGUUCAAUCACUAUGCUUACAUCA